UGGAGAGUCAGCAGCUGUUAGUUAGAGGCUUGCAUGUCUCUAUGGAUAUUAGAGGCAUAUUGCAGUAAUUAAAAAAAUAAUAAAAAUGUUCAUUUAAUGACUUCAUACAUACACAUAUAGGCUUAAGAUCCCAGUUGUGAGAUAGCAGCAAAAUUACAGUAAUGUCAUAGGAAAUAUAAAGUCCCAUUAAGAAGCACAUUAUACUGAGUCUCUAUGGAGGCUUUUAAAAAUACAAUUAAACUCUGAAUGAACCACUGAGAGCCGCAAACACAUCACAGAAACGCCUCCAUGCAGGUCCAGGGUGUUAAAGGUAGAGCUCUAGUUCGGAGAGCCGAUCCUGUUCCGGAAUGUGACGGAAACAGCCGAAGAGUCGCUCAGAGAGCAGAGCGGACCACAGCGGUCCAGAUGGAGGAACCGAGCGCCUCCACAGCGGACACAUCGGACUCUGAGGUCUCCUCUAACACACCUUGUGGUUCCGGGCUGGAGGAAGGUCCUUUUCAGCUGUUUGCUCCUCCGAUCCGCCUCAGACAUGUUUGGUCCUUUUCAGGAUUGAAAGUAUAAAAGUUCUCAUCAUUCAUCAUGGGGUGAAUGUGACGCCUGAGGAGGAAGAAGAGGAGGAGGAUGAUGAUGAUGAUGAGAGAGUGUCGUGACCAAACUCACAGCAGGUAACCAUGGUGAAGGAGAAUCUGCCCAGCUGGGCCCACCAGGACUCUGACGAGGGUCUGGUCCACAUCAACGUCGGCGGCCUGAAGAGGAGCCUCUGUUCCAGCACGCUGAAGAAAUUCCCAGACACCAGACUGGGAAAACUGCUGGCCUGUGACUCAGAGGAGGAUAUACUGCAGGUGUGUGAUGACUACGACGUGCAGCAGAAGGAGUUUUAUUUUGAUAGGAAUCCCGGCCUGUUCCCUUACGUCCUCCACUUUUACCAGACGGGCAAACUCCACAUCAUGGAGGAGCUGUGUGUCUUCUCCUUCAGUCAGGAGAUAGAGUACUGGGGCAUCAACGAGUUCUUCCUGGACAGUUGCUGCAGUUACCGUUACCACGACCGCAAGCUGGAGAGCAAUCGCCAUCGCAGCUGGGACGACGAGAGCGACGUCAGCAGCAUCGACACGUCUGUGGACGAGAUAUCGGACUUGAACAGAGACAUGCAGCAUUUCCAGGAGGUGCGUUACGGGAACAUCAGGAAGUGUCUGUGGCUGACGCUGGAGAACCCGGGAUACUCCAUCCCCAGCAAGCUCUUCAGCCUGGUCUCCAUCGGGGUGGUGCUCACAUCCAUCGCCAUCAUGUGUAUUAACAGCAUCCCGGAGUAUCAGACGUUUGACGAUGAAGGGAAGGUGGUCGAGGACCCGACCAUGCAGGCUCUGGAGGUGUUCUGCAGCUGCUGGUUCACCUUCGAGGUGGUGACCCGGCUGCUGCUCGCUCCGAACAAGAGGAAGUUCUUCCAUCACCCUCUGAACAUCAUCGACCUGGUGUCUGUGGUUCCCAUCUACAUCGUACUGCUCAUUGAAUUGACUUUGGGAUCGGAGUCUGAACUGGGAGAUCUGGGACGACUCAUACAGGUGUUCAGGUUAAUGAGGAUCUUCAGGGUCUUGAAGUUGGCCCGACACUCGACAGGUCUUCGGUCACUGGGAGCGACUCUUCGGCACAGCUACCGUGAGGUGGGCAUCCUGCUGCUCUACCUGGCCGUCGGCGUCUCCGUCUUCUCCGGCAUCGCUUACACCGCCGAGUACGAAGAGGACGUGGGUCUGGACACCAUCCCGGCCUGCUGGUGGUGGGGGACGGUGAGCAUGACCACGGUGGGCUACGGCGACGUGGUGCCCGUCACGGUGGCCGGGAAGCUGGCGGCCAGCGGCUGCAUCCUGGGCGGCACCCUGGUGGUGGCGCUGCCCAUCACCAUCAUCUUCAACAAGUUCUCCCACUUCUACCGCAGACAGAAAGCUCUGGAGGCGUCGGUGAGGAACAACCACCGCAGGAAGAUGAGGAUGAGCUGCGAGAACCAGCCGGAGGACGACGAAGAGGACGAGGAGGAGGGGGAGGAGGAGGAGGAGGACAGCAGGCGUCUGGACGGUGAUGAUACUGAUGACAUGGAGGAGGACGAUAUAGACUUUGAGGAUGACGGAGGUGUCAUCAACUACAGCUACGUGGAGCAUCCGUCCUACACCUCCAUGCUGAGGAGGAAGGAGCUGCUGCAGCUGUGACGAAGCUUCACAUCAAAUCUGAUCCAAGAACAUGUUAAUAAAUAUAGUAUGAACUGGAUUCAUGUUGAUCUUCUGUCGCUGCACGACGACAGCUCAACAAGUGAAGAAGUGGGUCCGAUCAGAGGCUGCUAAAGGUCGGAGGGGUCGUAUAGUAACAGAGUGAACCGGAGGUGGAUCAUAACUCUGAGUCUUCCAUGACCGACUGUAGUCUGUUCUCAUUCAUCGGUGCAUGUUUCAUGCUGAUUCUGGACGUGUUCCUCUGUCACGACUGUUAGAGGAGUGAUGAACUGAACAGGAAGUGAAAUAGCAUGAGCGCAACUGAAAUAAAAAAAUACCAUGAAAAACUAUGAGAAGUACUUUAGUGGAGGUAGAAGAGAUGUUUCAACACAUGGCUGCACUGACCUCUAUGCUAAAUGCUAACAUCAUGACAACGCUAACAUGCUGAUGGUGGAAAGUAACUAAGUACAUUUACUCUAUUUUGAGGGACUUGUAUUUCCAUUUUCUGCAAAUAUUGUACUUUUUUUUCCCCACAACAUUCAUUUAAUAACAGAUUCAGAUUGAUAAUUAAAUAUCAUAGAAAAUAAAAAAAUGAUUGAUCACUUCACAACCUACCUAUCAGUAUAUAAAGUAGCUCUACCUUCAUCAGCUGCAACAUUAAAGUGAUGAACACAUUAAUG